CGCCCCGGAUCCCCCAAUCCCGGGGCUUCUUCCAGCCUGUGGGUAGUUCAGCGCUCGCGCUGCGGAUUCCACCGGCAAUGGAUGCGCGGACGCGCGCCAAGCGCUACGAGAAGCUCGACUUCCUGGGGGAGGGUCAGUUCGCCACCGUCUAUAAGGCCAGGGACAAGACCAAUAACCGAAUCGUGGCUAUUAAGAAGAUUAAACUGGGGCAUAGAUCGGAAGCUAAAGAUGGAAUCAACAGGACAGCCCUCAGGGAAAUAAAACUAUUACAGGAGCUAAGCCAUCCAAAUAUUAUUGGUCUCAUAGAUGCAUUUGGACACAAGUCCAAUAUUAGCUUGGUGUUUGAUUUUAUGGAAACAGAUCUAGAGGUUAUUAUAAAGGAUACAAGUAUUGUGUUGACACAGUCUCACAUCAAGGCAUAUAUGCUGAUGACACUUCAAGGAUUAGAAUAUCUGCAUCAACACUGGAUUUUACACAGGGAUCUUAAACCAAAUAACUUGCUGUUAGAUGAAAAUGGGGUUUUAAAAUUAGCUGACUUUGGCUUGGCAAAAUCUUUUGGAAGCCCAAAUAGAGUUUAUACACACCAGGUAGUAACAAGAUGGUACCGAGCCCCAGAACUAUUGUUUGGGGCUAGAAUGUAUGGUGUUGGUGUUGAUAUGUGGGCUGUUGGUUGUAUUUUAGCUGAAUUGCUCCUCAGGGUUCCUUUUUUGCCUGGAGACUCUGAUCUUGACCAGCUGACAAGGAUAUUUGAAACACUGGGCACUCCAACAGAAGAGCAGUGGCCUGGGAUGACAAGUCUUCCAGACUAUGUCACAUUUAAAUCUUUCCCUGGAAUGCCACUUCAGCAUAUCUUCAGUGCGGCUGGCGAUGAUCUGCUCAAUCUUCUUCAAGGCUUAUUCACAUUUAAUCCUUGCACUAGGGUUACAGCUACUCAGGCAUUGAAACAGAAGUAUUUCAGUAAUCGACCAGGACCCACUCCAGGGAAUCAGCUGCCAAGACCCAACUGUCCUGCAGAAGCUGUGAAGGAGCAACAAAAUGCACUUUUAAAUUUAAAAAGGAAAAAAACAGAAGGAAUAGAUCAAGGUAAGCAAGUUAAUUGUUUAGACCAUUCUGGGUAAAGAACAUGAAUCACAUUUCUGUGACCCUCCUUCAGUAUUCCCCAAACAGUAGCAUUAUUUCAUAUCUUCGUGGCAAGAAAAGUGCUCAGGACUCAACAUCUGUAUCUGAUGCUGAAUUACUCAGACCUUCUACUAGAGAGGCAAAUAUUGGUUCUUAAACUUGGACUUGGUCUUCUUAACAGUUGGAAUAUGCUAGAUAGCAGCUGUCAAAUUAUCAUGAGCCAUUUUGUUAUUGCCAGUAUAAGACUCAAUAAUACUCAAAAGUGGUAUCUUUUUGUAAUAGAGAUGCUUCCAUAGAAGUGUGUUUUUCCUCUUGAGUUCAGAGAGACAACUACAUUAUUAGAGUUUAACUUAACUUUUAGGCACUUUGAAUGGUUGUUUCAGAGUCUGUGUCAAAUUAGAAGUAAAAUGCACUACCUUAAGAUUUCAACCUCAAAAUAAAAUUUAAUCAGCUGACUACUUGCACACUGUUUACUGACCCCAGUACCAUCGGUCAACUGAUGUGUGGGAACUUGUCAAGUUAUGGUAGCUUAGGCAAUUAAUUUAAGCUUUUUAGCUCCUUUUGCAAAGAUCAUUUGAGGGUUUGUGACUAGUGUUUUGGAGUACAUGCCCUAAAAUAGGCCUGUUAACUAAAGGACAGGAAAAAGAGAAAUGCUUCUUUGAUUUCUGUGACUUAAUUGUUGUAUUUGACAAUGGGCAGAGUUUCCAGAGCUGUAUAAAGCUAGAACAAUAAUUGCUUUAACAUCUUUCAGAAAGUCUCAUUUUCAACAAGAUGAAAUAAAGCUUAUGUGUUAAAUGCUAGGAGUUUUGAGAUUAGCUAUAAAUGAGGUAUUUAAGAAGUCAGCAUUAAUUUUUGAGACAUUUGAGUAUCAGCAUAAAAAGCAGUAUCAUUUCGAUUAAGUGGAAAACAGAAAGGUAAUGGAUUUUCUGAUAUGGAUUUUCCAUUAUGUUUUGGUUUUGCCUUAGCUGGGCUGACAGAAUCAGAAGGUCUCAAAGGUAGUGCCAACAAACAUUUAAGGAGAGAGCCAAUGUUAAGAGCUAGCAAAUCUGCUGCCCUGGAUUUCAUUUGCCAUCCUUAUAUGACAUUACCACUUAAAAUCUGAAUAGUUGUUUGGAAGAAUAAUCCUACAGUCUUUAUUUAAAUAAAAAUUGAAGGACAGCAUGUUUUUACUGCUAUUGAGGGUGGAAAUAUGAAAAAGUAAUCUCAAAGAAAAAUAAGCUGUAUUCCCUGAAAUUUUUAGACUGGCCUGCCCUUGCAUCCUGCACAACACAUUUCCUUAGCCUUGUCCAGGUAGCACUCUGGAGCUUGGCAAAAUAGACUGAAUGAUUACGGAUGGAUACCCUCUUGUAAAAUAUUGGCAUCAGGACCUGUCAGGACAAAGAUUCCUGCCAUCACCCUAAGUGUUGCUUUUCCACAACAACAAAACCCUGUAGCCUGUGGGGCGCGUUCACCAAACUUGUGUACUUCUCACAAAACAGUCUCUACUGUCAGGGAAAAACUGUCACUGGAUGGAUGACUGCCUGUGAAAAGUAUUAAACGUGCAUACUUUCUGUC